AUGAGUGAUCAUGAAGAGAGCAGCAGCAGCACAGGGAAACAACAAUUCAGCCCCAUCAGCCACCCUCCCUCCCUCUCCCCUGACCGCACCCACGUCCCACAACCGAGACGCGUCGACCUGGGCGAUGUUGGGGCGCCCAAUGCCGACCGCAUAGAGGCGUGGGUGGUGGACGAGGUGCUCACAGCCGACGAGUGCAGCCACUACAUUGACCAGGCCGAGCGCGUGGGCCUCGCCAGUCUAGAGACCGUCUUCCCGCAGGCCUACCGCAGCUCCGACCGUCUCCUCACCCUCGCCCCACCGCACAUUGUACGCGGCCUCUUCGCCCGGCUCCUGCCCGCCCUCGAUCGCCGUGGUACGCCGAGGCCAACCACUUUUUAA